AUGGAGGGUCACUGCCAGUGCGGCCUGAUAAAAUUCAUCACGCCUGUGCCGGCCCCUCUGGCGCUCUACAUUUGCCAUUGCACAGAGUGCCGACACCAGUCCUCAUCGACGUACGGCAUGACCGCUCUGUUUCCGGCAUUCGAAAUUCCCGAACCAUAUCCCGGCGCCAUAGCGGUCUAUAGCAGACCCAACGCCCACGGCCGCACGGAUGGGUACUUCUGCACAAAGUGCGGGUCAAGGCUGAUUCAUCGGGAUGUCCCGCAUGUAGGCGAACCCUCGAAGGUCAUCAGUGUGAAAUCCGGAUGCCUGGACGGCAUGACGAAGGAGAUGAUGCGCAAAGCAGUGCAUAUUUGGACGAGGAGCGCGGUCGUGGAUAUUCCGGAGGGUGUCGAGGCGUAUGAGGAGGAGCCUCCUGGGGGCAGUUUCGGUGAGGGAUGAAGAUUUGUAUGGGGACGAGCUUUACGGGACAUCGCGCUCGAGCACGGUCAUUGCUUGUUCAACGUUCCAGGUUCGUGAAACACUGGAACACGAUCAUGGUAUCAUGAUACGCGCCAGAUGAUUCACUGCUAAGGCGAAAGACUCUGAACCCCAUAGGAGAUCAGAC